GGGGUUCGGGCGGGGAGGGGAGACGCUCCCGGCUCCACCUCGCGCGCCGCGCGACCAGAGCGCCCGGCUCCGGCAGAGGCGAGCAGCGCCGUAGAGCCCCUCAGCAGCGCGCCCGGCCUCCCGGAGCCCCGCGAUGGAGAUGGCAGAGGCGGAAUUGCACAAGGAAAGGCUGCAAGCCAUAGCAGAAAAAAGAAAGAGGCAGACAGAAAUAGAAGGCAAGCGCCAAGAGCUAGACGAGCAGAUACUUCUGCUGCAGCAUUCCAAGUCCAAAGUGCUUCGGGAAAAAUGGCUGCUGCAGGGUGUACCUGCUGGAACUGCGGAAGAGGAGGAAGCCAGGCGGCGGCAGUCUGAGGAGGAUGAGUUAAGAGUCAAACAACUUGAAGGUAACAUUCAAAGGCUGGAACAGGAAAUACAAGCACUGGAAAGUGAAGAGUCCCAGAUAUCUGCCAAAGAGCAAAUCAUCCUAGAGAAACUAAAGGAGACAGAAAAAUCCUUCAAGGACUUUCAGAAGAGCUUCUCCAGUACGGAUGGAGAUGCAGUAAAUUACAUUUCCUCCCAGCUCCCCGACCUGCCAAUCCUCUGUUCACGAACAGCACAACCGUCACCUGGGCAGGACGGAACCAGCAGAGCAGCUGCUGUGUACGCCAUGGAAAUUAAUGUGGAGAAAGACAAACAAACAGGAGAGACCAAGAUUCUCUCUGCAUCCACCAUUGGCCCAGAGGGGGUCCAUCAGAGAGGAGUCAAAGUCUUUGAUGAUGGUACCAAAGUAGUGUAUGAGGUGCACUCAGGAGGCACCAUAGUAGAAAACGGAGUGCACAAAUUAAGCUCAAAGGAUGUAGAAGAGCUUAUUCAGAAGGCUGGACAAUCAAGCUUAAGAGGAGGGCACGUGUCAGAAAGGACUGUGGUUGCAGAUGGGAGCCUCAGCCACCCUAAGGAACAUAUGCUGUGCAAAGAAGCCAAGUUAGAAAUGGUCCAUAAGUCUAGGAAAGAUCAUACUUCCGGGAACCCAGGGCAGCAGGCUCCAGCCCCCAGCACUGAAGGGCCGGAGGCAAACUUGGAUCAGCCAGUCACCAUGAUUUUCAUGGGCUACCAAAAUAUCGAGGAUGAAGAAGAGACGAAGAAGGUGCUAGGCUAUGAUGAAACCAUCAAGGCUGAGUUGGUCCUCAUUGAUGAAGAUGAUGAGAAGUCACUGAGGGAGAAGACGGUGACAGAUGUGUCCACUAUUGAUGGGAACGCAGCUGAGCUGGUGUCCGGGAGACCCGUGUCAGACACCACAGAGCCCUCAUCCCCCGAAGGGAAGGAAGAGAGCCUGGCCACGGAGCCAGCCCCAGGAGUUGGGUGGGAGAGUGUGCUGCUAACAGGAGAUGAGAUAACCUCGAAAGCCACGGACACAUCCAGCGCAGACAUGACUGUCAAGAAGGCUCCCGAGCUUUCCGAGGAUGAUAUCCGGCUAAAAAACGAGAGAGACAACUGUAGUGGCAAUCCCCUGGAGCCUGCCACCAGCUCUCUUCCCCCAGAUCACAAAAACAUGGAAAUUGAGGUCUCUGUUGCAGAAUGUAAGAGUGUUCCUGGAAUCACCUCGACUCCACAUUCCAUGGACCACCCCUCCCCUUUCUACUCACCCCCCCACAAUGGCCUCCUCGCUGAUCACCAUGAAUCUCUGGAUAAUGAUGUGGCCAGAGAGAUCCGAUAUCUAGACGAGGUGCUGGAGGCCAGCUGCUGUGAUUCUGCUGUGGACGGAACCUACAACGGCACGUCUUCCCCAGAGCCUGGAGCAGCCAUCUUGGUGGGCAGCCCAAGCCCACCUGCCCACACGGCCGUCCAGCCGGAACCCACCGAGGGAAUGGCUGGCAGGCAGGCUCCCCCUCCCCUUGAGCUCCAUCAGAGCACCUCUGACACCAUGGCAGAGGGUGAAAGAGCCAACGGCCGCCCCCCUGACCAGCCCAGAGACCUGCUGGGGAACAGCCUGCAGGUGCCCGUGAGCCCCAGCUCCUCCACCAGCUCAAGGUGUUCCUCCCGAGACGGAGAGUUCACGCUCACCACGCUGAAGAAGGAAGCCAAGUUCGAGCUGCGUGCCUUCCAUGAGGACAAGAAGCCCUCCAAGCUCUUUGAGGACGACGAGAGUGAGAAAGAACAGUACUGCGUCAGGAAAGUGAGGCCUUCAGAAGAGAUGCUGGAGCUGGAAAAGGAGAGGCGAGAACUCAUCCGGAGUCAGGCCGUGAAAAAGAAUCCUGGCAUCGCCGCCAAAUGGUGGAACCCUCCGCAGGAAAAGACCAUUGAGGAGCAGCUGAACGAGGAACAUCUGGAGUCGCACAAAAAGUACAAGGAACGCAAGGAGAGGAGGGCGCAGCAAGAGCAGCUGCUGAUACAGCGGCAGCAGGCCUCACCACAGCUCUGCACGGCCCCUGCGUCCUCUCGAGAACGUUCCAGCGUGACUGACAGCGCAAAGGAGGACAUCGUCACGGAGCAGAUAGACUUCUCCGCGGCUCGCAAACAGUUCCAGCUGAUGGAGAAUUCCAGGCAAACAGUGGCCAAGGGCCAGAGUACACCCAGGCUCUUCUCCAUCAAGCCCUUCUACAGACCUCUGGGGCCAGUCAACUCAGACAAGACACUGACCAUCUCGAGACCAGCUUCUGUCGGGGGACCUCCCGAAGACUCCUCAGCAGCCAAGGGACAGAAAGCCCACUGUGCCCUGGAGAGCCAGUCUUCUGGAGGAGGGGGCCAGGGCAGCACAGCUCCUCAGGGGAAGGAAGGGCCGUACAGUGAGCCCUCCAAACGCGGGCCCUUAUCUAAACUGUGGGCAGAGGACGGCGAGUUUACAAGUGCCCGGGCUGUCCUCACCGUGGUCAAGGAUGACGAACCUGGGAUUUUGGAUCAGUUUUCAAGGUCAGUCAAUGUCUCUUUGACUCAAGAGGAACUUGACUCCGGCUUGGAUGAGCUGUCGGUGAGGUCCCAGGAUACCACCGUCCUGGAGACCCUGUCCAAUGACUUCAGCAUGGACAACAUCAGUGACAGUGGGGCCUCCAAUGAGACAACCAAUGCCCUCCAGGAAAAUUUGCUGGCUGAUUUUUCUCUGCCCCAGACUCCCCAAACUGACAACCCCUCAGAGGGCCGGGGAGAAGGUGUCUCCAAGUCAUUCAGCGAUCAUGGUUUCUAUUCCCCUUCGUCCACGCUGGGAGACUCUCCGUCGGUUGAGGACCCCUUGGAAUAUCAGGCUGGCCUCCUGGUGCGGAAUGCCAUUCAACAGGCCAUAGCUGAGCAAGUGGACAGAGCUGUGUCUGAAACCAACAAGGGUAGAGCAGAACAGCAGGGGCCUCAAGCAAGUCUGGAGGAAGCUGGAACUGGGGCUUCCAGCUCAGAGAAGCCUCAGAGCAUGUUUGAACCACCUCAGGUGUCCUCCCCUGUUCAAGAGAAAAGGGAUGUAUCGCCAAAGAUUCUGCCUACUGAAGACAGGGAGCUCAGGGAAAGGGGGCCCUCCCAGCCACUGCCGGCAGUGCAGACCAGUGGCCCAAUAAACAUGGAGGAGACCAGACUGGAAGGGAGCUACUUCAGCAAGUACUCAGAGGCAGCUGAGUUGAGAAGCACAGCCUCACUCCUGGCCACUCAAGAGUCCGAUGUGAUGGUUGGGCCCUUCAAGCUGAGGUCCAGGAAGCAGCGGACUUUGUCCAUGAUCGAAGAAGAGAUCCGUGCAGCCCAAGAAAGGGAAGAGGAGCUGAAGAGGCAGAGACAAGUCUUGCAGAGUACCCAGAGCCCCAAGGCGAAGAAUGCCCCAUCCCUGCCCUCCCGAACAUCGUGCUACAAAACUGCUCCAGGGAAAAUAGAGAAAGUCCAACCUCCUCCAUCCCCCACACCUGAAGGUCCCAGCUUGCAGCCUGACUUAGCCCCCGAAGAGGCUGCCGGAUCACAGCGGCCCAAGAAUCUGAUGCAGACCCUCAUGGAAGACUAUGAGACACACAAAUCUAAAAGGCGCGAGAGAAUGGAUGAUAGUAGUUACACCUCUAAGUUACUGUCUUGCAAGGUGACUUCCGAGGUCCUUGAGGCCACACGGGUUAAUCGAAGAAAGAGCGCAUUGGCCUUGCGCUGGGAGGCGGGGAUCUAUGCCAACCAAGAGGAAGAGGACAAUGAAUAAGCAACAUCCUUCCACCCAGGAAGCUUCUUUGGUGCUUGGGUUCCCAAGAAACCAAGAAAUCAACACAUCAAAGCAUUUUAAUAGAAUAUUUAUUAAAGUGCAAACAAACUCGGCAAUCCUUAUGCAGACCAGAAAAAGUUGCGAUGUACAAUGAUGAAAAAUCAAGUGAAAAAAGAAGUCCAUCCAUCAAACACGAACUCCCGGGAGUCAAAAGAGAAGGGAUUUUUUUUUUUUUUUUGUAACUCCAAGAAUCCCCUGGGUUUGGACCACAGUUGAUCCAAAAGGACAAAGAAGUUACAAGCAAAUUGACAUGGUGGCUACAGGCAGAACCAAGACUAGCCUCUCUGGGUGAUGAGGAAAAUAAUGGUAAUGUGGCCACUUGGAGAAGCCACAGAGCUGGUGCCAUCCACACAGCAGAGGAUAUUUCCCUGUGCCUGCACCGGUUUCCACCCAUCAUAGCAUCAGAGGUGUUGGACUAACCCCAUUUACUCCAGAAGCUAUAAAAUAACGCUUCUCUCUCUAUUUGCCCGGAAGAGGCAACUAUGGUUCCAUGUCUCUUCCGUUUAAAUUGUUUUGAAUUGGGAGCAAUUAAGGAUCUCAAUCCAUAUUUUGAAGACAAGAUUUCUUCAUGUUGCAAACACAACCUGUUCUGCAUUAGGAGGUUGAGGAAGGGGGGAGAAAGCCAAACCAAAUGGAUUAUUUUAGCUUUAGGAUCUUGUCUGCUUAUGAUAUUGACUGAGCUGCAGUUUAUGAGAACACAUUUUCACAAUUCUGUUUCUUUAUAUGAAAACUAUAUUUAGUGGGUAACAACUAUUUUUAUGAUGGGAUGGGGGAAUAUAUCCAUGUAUAAAACCUAUACACAUUGAACAGCUUGGUUCAAGAGGGGAGGGGUAUUUUUAGAGUGGUAAUAAUUGAAAAAAGGGCAAACUCUGCCUUAGAGAGGUAGAUGAUGAGAAAUAAAGAGGUGUUUAUAACUAUAUUUUAUAUGUAAAGUGGACCUUCGGGGGAGUAGGAAGAAUGAUAUUUUGGAUCAAUCAGAAGGAAAUGGUCAAGAAAGCUCACGAAAGGUAGACAGAGAAGGGAGGGAGAAGGAGUGUGAAAGUAAGGAAGUUAGAGAUAUUAUUUUUUCUGAGCAGCCAAUAUUUUUCAGGAUGAUACAGAGAAAAAUAUAGAAUAGAAACUUAAGUGCAGGCUUAGGUUCAGCUACAAAUCCUAAAGGUGGUGUGCGUGCGUGUGUGUGUGUGUACACAUGCCUUUGUGUAUGUGUGCAAAGCGCAUGUGUGCUCAUGAGUAAGGGUGUACGUGUGUGUGUGUGUGUGAGAAUUAAAAUUCCAGAAUGAUCAUGGGACAAGGUUGUUCACUUAUUUCCUCCAAAGCUGUUUGCCAGCGUCAGGAGUGAGUGAGAAUUUCUUUUUUAUGAAAAGGAUAUAGAGGCUCCGAGCUGAUGCAGUAUUCGUAAAA